CCUCUCCGCGUUCGUUUGAACAUUCAACGCCCACAAACUCUGAACCGGACAACUCAAUCUGGGUCUUGUUCUUCUUCCGCUAAUCUAAUGCCAAUAGCGAAAUAGGGUUUGGAGUUUUAAUUCUCUAUCUGAUGCAUAAUCUGAGCCCUCUGGACCCCCGGAUUCCGACCAAUCCGGUGCCACCACGAUGUCAACCAGCCCUUGUUGCCACACUCUCUCCCUCCACCCAUCUCCUCCUCCUCUCAAUUGCAGGGUUAGGGGGAGGGUUUUGAAGCCUCCCAUACCCGCCAAAUUCUCUCUCCAUCGAAGCCUACUCGUCAUUCGCCCCCUCUCUUCCUCUCCAACAACUAAAUGGAGAUUUUCGUGCCUUUGGCAUGAAGAGUCUUCAUCUGGAAUACCCGAGUCUGAGCUUCUAGAAGAGAAAUUUUCAGAAGAAUUAGUGAAGCCUGAACUCAAUCGAAUAGAUGCACAGAAAGAUUGGCUUUGCAGACUCAGAAAGGUUACAAAUACACUUUUUCGUGCGGAACCUUGGACGGUACCAUGGACAGCAAAGACCAUAGUGCAGGUUAUGCUUCUCUGGAUUGCCUCAUUCUGGUUUGUAGGAUCUUGGAUAGUUCCAUUCUUAGCCCACACAUCAGGGUUUAGAAAGGAAUCCUUGACAUACAGAGGGCAAGCCUUGUAUAGCCUCUUGACCGAUGUGGCUGAAGGUCUUGCUGGGAUAGCAAUCCUGCAUCGCUGCCUCAGAAGGUUUCAUCCCCUACCAUCCGGCUGGUUCAAGUUCAGCCUUGAAGGGAAGUGGCAAUUUCAUGUUGGUUUGGGUUGCCUCAUGUUUCCGGUUGUCAACCGACUUUCACAGGUCAACCUAAAUUUGUUUCCCAUCCUUCCCUCCACGCCUGUCACUGUCUCUAGUGUUGAGCAAUCAAUCGUGUCACGAGACCCUGUGGCAAUGGCCCUCUAUGCAGUGGUAGUUUCAGUUUGUGCGCCCAUUUGGGAGGAGAUUGUUUUCCGUGGAUUCCUUCUUCCUUCCUUGACAAAGUACAUGCCGGUAUGGUGCUCGAUUUUAGUGAGUUCAGUAGUUUUUGCCUUGGCACAUUUCAAUAUGCAAAGGAUGCUACCGCUUGUAUUUCUUGGGGUGGUGAUGGGUGCUGUCUUUGCAAGGUCAAGAAACCUUUUACCAUCCAUGUUGUUGCAUAGUUUGUGGAAUGCUUUUGUUUUCUUAGAUCUCAUGAAAUAGUAUUGUUCUCUACUUUUAUUUUU